UUGUUGUUCCUAUUUUCAGGAAAUUGACUUUGAAUAAAGGAAAUGAGAUUGAAGAUUACAGUUAAGAUUAAUUAAUAUAAGUAGUUUUAGAAUAAAAAAAAAUAUAUUACUGGUUAUCAAAUAACCAUUACAGUAUUUGAGAUAUUAUAUUAAAGAUAAUAAAAUGCAAUCCUCUGAAAAACGAGAAACAAAUUUAGGUGCACUUGAGCCUGCGCUUAGGGUAAAACAAUUAGCGAACUACGGAGCGAUGGUUGAAGUAGAUCCGAAUGUACCACCUAGAAGAUAUUAUCGCUCAGGACUUGAAAUGGUCAGAAUGGCCAAUGUCUAUCUUGCUGAGGGCAGUCUUGAAAAUGCUUAUAUAUUAUAUAUGAAAUUUAUGACAUUAUUUUUGGAAAAAAUUCGAAAACAUCCAGAAUAUAGUUUAGUGCCUGCUGAUGUUAAGUCUGUCAACCAAACUAAGCUAAAGGAAGUUAUGCCAAAAGCUGAGAAACUUAAGCAAAAACUUCUAGAACAAUAUGCUAAUGAACACAUUCUUUAUAAAAAAAAUAAGGCAAAGAAAAAAGUUGAGGAAGAGGCUAGGAAGUUACAAGAAUUGGAAGAUGAAAAAUUAGCUCUAAGACUUCAAGCAGAUGAGAAUAAGCAAGAUGGGAAUAAACCACAUUUGACACCCACAACGAACUGGACAGUUAACCCAAGUGCACCACCAGUGGAUGGGGUUUUAUAUCCUGAUGACUUCGCCAGUGAACCGCCUAGGGCUCCAGCUCAUCACUAUAGCCCAGUUCCACCACUGAUACCCCCAUCUAAGCCUCUACAGGAUGAAUAUCGAUCAUUGUUGCCAAUGUCCGGUGGUUUGCGAACGGUUGUUGUACCGGCAACUUUACUCAGCAAAUUCCUAGUCAUAGCCGCUGCCAACACGGCAAAAAAUAUUGAACUAUGCGGCAUAUUGGCUGGAAAGUUGGAACAAAAUCAGUUGAAGAUAACACACGUAAUAGUGCCAAAGCAGACGGGAACAUCGGAUUCCUGCAGCACUAACAAUGAAGAGGAAAUAUUUCACUAUCAGGACCAACAUAAUCUUAUUACUUUAGGAUGGAUACAUACGCACCCAACUCAAACGGCGUUUCUCUCGUCAGUGGAUCUUCACACUCAAUGUUCAUAUCAGUUAAUGAUGUCUGAAGCCAUUGCGAUAGUCUGUGCACCUAAAUAUAAUGAAACUGGAUAUUUCGCGUUAACGCCAGAUCAUGGAAUGAAGUAUAUCGCUAAUUGCAGACAGGCGGGCUUUCAUCCACAUUCGAACGAUCCACCCCUCUUUUAUAAUGUAUCACAUAUAAACCUAGAUAACGCUUCUUCUGUGGAAAUGGUCGAUUUACGGAGAUGAAUAAAAAAAUAAUGACUAUGCACGAAAUCCACUGAUUAGGAGAUCUCAAUAUGGAUUUUAUAUAUUUAUUGCUAUAUUUUAGCGGCUAUAUGUUAUUUCUGAACCGAAAAGGAAACAGUAUUUUCAACCGUUUUUAAUUUUAACGUUUUAAUAAAAAUCCAUAAGAUAUAGAUGGCGCUGUCACUAAAAUGAAAUUUAACUCAACCGGUAACCGUUUUAAAUGAAAUUAGUUUCAUUUUAAUUCAAAUUUUAAAAAAUUAUGUACAAAUAUUUAAAUCUUGAAAAACUGUUUUAUAUGUGUAAUGUUAUAUUUUGUUUUAAGUUAUAUUUAAAAAGAAGUACAAGAGAAUAUCUCCUGAGAUUGUAUUUAGCUUGACCAAUUUGUUUUUUUUAAAUUUAUCUAAACUCAAUAAAUGUAUGUCAAAAGUUUGAAAACUAGACAUGUUUCUGUUAUCCAAUGUCGUUUUUAUUUAGUCUAGAAAAAUGCUUUAGUUAUUUAUACCUUGAUACUAAAAUACUUUGAUUACUUAUUCUCAUUAAAAUGAUCUAUUUUUUGUGAAUUUAAAAUAUAUUUGUAAUUGGG